AUGACAAUAAGUAAAGCAGUUCGGAUCGUCGAGGUCGGGCCCCGUGAUGGCUUGCAGAAUAUCAAAGAGCCUGUUCCCACGUCCGUGAAGCUCGAGUUAAUCCAGCGACUGCGGGGGACGGGACUGCGGACUAUCGAGUUGACAUCCGUGGUCUCACCAAAAGCAAUCCCACAAUUAGCGGACUGUCGCGAUGUACUGGGGAACGAGUCUAUCAGACGACUGCAAGGUCAACCGGGCCUUCGGCUGCCGGUCCUCGUGCCCAAUAUCAAAGGACUGGAUAUUGCGAUCGAGCAUGGAGUCAAGGAGGUUGCGGUGUUCAUCAGCGCGACGGAGGGUUUCAGUAAAGCCAAUAUCAACUGCACAGUACAGCAAGGAAUAGAGAGAGCAAAGGCUGUAGCUGAGAAAGCGGUUGAGUCGGGGAUUGCCGUACGAGGGUAUGUUUCCUGUAUUUUUGCGGACCCGUUCGAUGGGCCUACUGAGCCGUCGGCCGUGCUGCACUGCGUUCAAAAACUGUUAAACAUGGGCUGCUAUGAAGUCAGCCUAGGCGACACACUCGGGGUCGGGAGCCCCGACAAAGUCCGCAGUCUGCUCCACUACCUAGUCGACCACGACAUCCCACUAGACAAAAUGGCUGGCCACUUCCACGAUACCUACGGCCAGGCCGUUGCCAAUGUAUGGGAAGCGUACAACUGCGGCGUGCGCGUGUUCGACAGCAGCGUGGGUGGUCUCGGCGGAUGUCCCUAUGCGCCAGGGGCCAAAGGGAACGUCGCGACGGAGGAUCUGUUGUACAUGUUCCAAUCGGCAGGCAUUGACACGGGUGUUGAUUUGAUGAAGCUCGUUGAGACGGGAGUGUGGAUAUCUCGACGUUUGUCCAAGACCAACGCCAGCCGUGCUGGGACCGCGCUGGCUAUAAAGCAAGGCCUUAUUCCCUCCAAACGGUCGUCCCGAACAGCCACCAAGAAACCGAUAUCCUGGACUACGAUCAAAGACACAACUGGCUUGUUAGCCUACAGCUCCGGCGUGAACCUCAAGCCCAUCCUCAACCGACCAAAAAAGGGCAACGCACGUACCUCCUCACCCGGCUCAUCGAAGACACCACAGACAACCCCUCUGUCUCCCGACUCAUCAUCACGGGGAGAGGACGGUUCUUCUGCACAGGCCUGGAUUUCAGCAAGGGCUCUACACCUGUAG